CAGCGUUUGUAGUGUGCGCCCUUCCUCCUUAGCAAACUGCAAACAGCAGAAAAUCAAUUAUCGCUUCCGAUCAGAUCGUUUGUAUUCAGCAAAGCGAGUCAAAUGCGUGUAGCCGCAUCGCAGUAGUCAUGCUGCAUCGUGACCAUCGAGGGCUGUUGGUGCAAUUCGCGCGGUUGUGCGUGUCACCCAGCACACUUUGAUGAAUAAAGCUGAAGGGGGAGGGACCAACAUACAUUUCCGUCAAGCCGUACUAAGUUGCUUCAAUUACAACAAUCAGUAGCUGCUCCAUUAUUGCUGAAGAAUCAACCCGGGACGCGCGUCCACAGCCACCAUACCAAGCAAAGCGUAAGCACAAACCCCACAGGCCGAGGGUUGCAGCAGCAGCAGCAGCAGAAUGCAAACAAUAAAGUGCGUGGUCGUUGGUGACGGUGCGGUCGGUAAGACCUGCCUGCUCAUUUCCUACACGACCAACAAAUUUCCAUCCGAGUACGUACCGACCGUGUUCGACAACUACGCCGUCACGGUCAUGAUCGGUGGCGAACCCUACACGCUCGGUUUGUUUGACACAGCUGGCCAGGAAGAUUACGAUCGACUACGACCACUGUCGUAUCCACAGACCGAUGUAUUUUUAGUGUGCUUUUCCGUCGUGAGUCCCAGUUCGUUUGAAAACGUUAAAGAAAAGUGGGUACCAGAAAUAACGCACCAUUGCCAGAAAACGCCGUUCCUGCUGGUGGGCACGCAGAUCGAUCUGCGCGACGAAAACAGUACGCUGGAGAAGCUGGCUAAGAACAAACAAAAACCCAUCACCCUCGAGCAGGGUGAGAAGCUGGCGAAGGAACUGAAGGCGGUGAAGUAUGUCGAGUGUUCGGCGCUGACCCAGAAAGGGCUGAAGAACGUGUUCGACGAGGCAAUCCUGGCGGCGCUGGAACCCCCAGAGCCGACGAAAAAGAGGAAGUGCCGAUUUUUGUAAAAAAAAAAAGAAACAACUACCAACCCAUUACCCGUUUUUGGUGGAGCAACAAAAAUUAUUUAGCACGUGGAAGGGAGAGAGAGAGAGAGGUUAGUUGUGUGGGUCGGCCACACAAUAAAACAUAGCUUCCUCUCAUCAUUGUCCUCGUCAUAAUCAUUGGAUCCUUUCUAAUUAUGUUCUUCUUAACUUUCGGUUUUAUUCACUUUUGUCCUUUCGCCGUUGCCGCGUGCUGCGCCACGGUCGACAGGAUUUUGCAGUCAUUUUGAAUUUUUUAGCGACGAUGGAGAAAGAGAACGGCAACGCACCACCACUAAACCUAGCCAAUACGUGCAUGCGUGCGUGUCAGUGUGUUUUGCCCUAUUUCGUUUCUUUUACUAUCUUUCCCCUCUGAUAAGCCUGCCGCCCGUGUGUGCCGCGUUUGUUAAGGAGGCACCCUGGAAAAAACGGGGGGAACAUAAUCGGGCGAUGUUGUAUCCGUUGCUGCUGGGUAACUAGUUCCCAACAAAUCCCACACAAAAUAGGGCGAUGUUUAUGUACGCCCCCGUACUCCUAAUCCCUUCCCCCCUCGCCUCGUUACAGCAGUAAUUGUUGUAAGCGUAGCAGUGUAAACAAAUAUGCAGAAAACACAACCUCAACAGAAAUUAAAGAUAGAUGCUAACAAACAGAAAGGAGAAGGAACAGAUAUCAGCACAUUGAAAACAAAUCCCUAUAAAACACGAUUUGAGGCGAAGAACAACAAGCUCUCCGAAGCAACACACACAACUAAUGAUACAUUUUGCUAAAUUAGGUGAGCGAAGAUGAAACAACUAGAAGUGAAGGUGGAGCAAAACAGUACAGAAACCUUGUUGUGCUGGGUUUCCUUACUUUUGUCACUAAAACAAAACAAAACAAAACAAAAAAAAAACUAAAAACAACAAAAAAACAAAUGCAAAAGCACACACACACACACACGAAGGCUGAAACUGUGUGCAGUGUGUAUAACGUGCGGGGCAAGCUUUAGCUAAGUUUGAGAUUGAUAAAAAAAGGCCAACAUUACCUAUACGAUAGGGAGGGAAAGACAAAGAAAGAAAACAGUAAAAAAAAUAUAUAUACAUAGCAAGCGAAGUAUAAACAAGCGCAUUAAAUACUAAGUUUAAAUACUGAACACAAAUACUGACGGUGCAAAGAAACGAGCAAACUAACAAAACUAACUGAAGAGAAUAGUAAAGCAGGAAGAAACAAAGCACUCCCUUCCUUUCCUUCCUUGCUCAUCCUCCUCCCCAGUUCCAUAGCUGCUCGAUAAAGUGUUGAGCGCCUGAUCGGGGUUUUUUUUUUAGGAAGACUGGACCGGUUUUCGAUCAUUCCUGUCCGGCUUUUGGUGCGUGAGGUAUUCCAACAGUGAGGGACACCGCACCGGGGGAAAGAGAGAGAUCGCAAUAAUACGAAAACCAUACCACGACCAAAACAAAAACGGUCGAUGCAGCCAGAGAUGAGUACGAACACACCGACACUUUCCUCUAAACUUACACAGUUUAUACAGCUUUUUUACAACAUAAUGUUACGAAAGUUAUUAGUGUACCGAUGAAAGGGGACUCAACCAAGAGAGGAAGAGCAAUGGGGACAAAGAGAGACCCUUUUGUUGGGUGCGUUGCAGGACACAUACGUUUGCGCAGCACCAUACCGACAGUAAUUUGUACACGCUGUGGUGUGUCCGGUAGAGAUCAGUUGAACAGUUGUUAAAAGAACAGAAAAAGGGUAUGAUGAACCACAGCAAAGUGGGUGUGUUUUUUCGGAUCCGCUUUCCGCCACUCCAUACCUAGCAGGUUCGAUGUUACGAUGCAUUAGCACACAUUACACGCCUCGGGAUAUGGAACCCAGUAACGUUUAUGAUUCAACCCAGUAUAACGUCUAUCAUGGUUUGAUCCCGCCCGCGACAAUGUGUGUGUGUGUGUGUGUAAGAUAGAGCAGAGGGAAAGCACAGAUUUGAGCUAUGGUGAAUUGAAGGUUAGAAUGUUUGCCGUUUUGCAACUAACGAUUUAGAGACUAUUUCGUUUCACCCGGCAUGUGUCGGGCGCUAAUUACGUUUAUUUGAAUCGGUUUGUUUCGUUCGAUUGGAAAGGGUAUUUAUUUAGUCGUUGGCCAAUUGCUGUCAGCGAGUGGCAAGUGAAGGAUGGAGAAUAGCUUCGCUCUGGUGUGCUAUUGCGUAUAGCAGAGUAAACGCAUUCGCAUUGCUGUAAAGGGAGUUGCAUACUAAUUAAGGAUAUAAUGGAAGGGAUACAAUCAGAUAAAUAGAUCGAGAGGCACGCACGCACACAAACACCCUGCGUAGGCCAAUUU